AUGGAGCAACUGCGGAGAGGCCGGAGCGCGCAAAAACAGGCGGCAAGAAGGAAAACAACAGCGCAGUGCGCGGGCCAAACGCCCGCCACCGGAGGAGGGAGCGCCGGCUUCCAGGAGGAGCCAGGGUUGGGGGUGGAGGGCGGGUGCGCUCCGCUCGACUCCGGAUUGGUCGAUUCCGGGGAGCCGCGUGACGUCAGCGGGGGAGAACGACUGAUUUGUGUGGUGGGCCAGGACAGGCGGGGGGAGCUCUCUGCGCAGGCGCAGCUCGGCUUCUCUCUUCCCAGCGCUCCGGCCCUGCUCUCGCGGACAAGUCCAGACAUCGCGCGCCCUCCCGCACCCCACUCCGGGACCGCCCCCUGCUCCCUCUCCGCGUCGAAGAUAAACAAUAGUUGGCCGGCGAGCGGCGAGUGUGCCUCCCGCCGCCGGAUUCGGCGGGCUGCGUGGGACCGGCGGGAUCCCAGCCAGCCGGCCAUGGCGGGGCUGUACUCGUUGGGAGUGAGCGUCUUCUCCGACCAGGGCGGGAGGAAGUACAUGGAGGACGUUACCCAGAUCGUGGUGGAGCCCGAGCCGACGGCAGAAGAAAAGCCGUCGCCGCGGCGGGCGCUUACUCAGUCGUCGCCUCCGCCGCGGUCCCCGUCCUCUCUUCCUGGUGGUGGAGUGUCGGGGAAAGGCCCGGCGGCGACAGCCCGCGACACCCGUGACCCUUCUCCGGACGCCGGGGCCUCGGCGGGAGCCGGCCGCUGCUGUCGCCGCCGCUCCUCCGUGGCCUUCUUCGCCGUGUGCGACGGGCACGGCGGGCGGGAGGCGGCACAGUUUGCCCGGGAGCACUUAUGGGGUUUCAUCAAGAAGCAGAAGGGUUUCACCUCGUCAGAACCCGCCAGGGUUUGCGCUGCGAUCCGCAAAGGCUUCCUCGCUUGUCACCUGGCCAUGUGGAAGGAACUGGGUAUUUGGGCCCCAAGGCUCCUUCUCAUGUCGCUAGAGACAUGGUUGUUGACCCAGGGUUUUCCCAUUCCGAAGAGGGCCCAGGACUUGGUCCAGCUGACCUGCGGGGAACAGAAUCAGGCCCCAGCUCUGCCUCUUCUACUCAAAAGUAAGACUCAGCCUGUCAGUCUAGAUCAGGCUUCAGAUCAAGUAUUUGAUGUAUUUGUUCCACUUCUUGAUCAUAAGAGAUCAAAAAGAAAAAUGUUUAUUGGUUUACCCUGGAAACUGAAAAAGUAUGUAGCUCAGCAUCACGAACUUGAGGACACUGUGGUUGGAACUCCACACCAAUUUGCAAACCUUCAGCUUCAGACACAACCCUUGCAGGAUGAUGACACAGAUCCAGGUCUGAGCACAGCUGAUUCUGACAGCCCUCCUCUGAAACCUCAGGAGAGCACAGAUGAGCCUCCAGAGCCCUUGAGCAAGUUGAAACCUUCUGCAGUCCAGCAAGAAGCCCCAGUUCAACCCUCAGACUUGCCAAAAGUCACCGUGAAACAUACCGAUCUGGAGGUUACAGUAACUCCAGAGCCUUCUCCAAGGCAGAAGCAGGCCUCAGAGAAUACUGAGGACGUAACACUCUCAUCCAUCCAACAAGAGGCUCCAGCUCAGACUUCAGAGCUCCCUGAAGACACUGAACCUUCUGCAAGCCAGAUGGAAGCCCCAGUUCAGCCUACAACUCCUCCGAAAGAAGUCAAACCCCUGUUGAGCAAGAUCCUACAGAUGAAGCUCCAGAGUCCCCUAUAG